AUUCUUCCGAUAGUUUUACUUUAAAACUGUCAGAUACUUUAGAAAUAACAAGAGGGCUUUGUAAUAAAGCAGUAUGCUUAAACAAAUUAGUUGAAAUGUAUAAAGAAUUUAGAAGUACUGAUGAAUUAAAAGAUAAAACAUCGAUCAUGUUAAA